ACGCGUUACAUCAUGACUAGCCCUGGCCAAUCGCCCUCAGUGGCUAACGGCCAUUGCCCUGAGGUAGAAGAAGAAGAAGAAGAAGAAUCGCGUUAUGGUUAUAUCGCGUGUGGUUCAUUCCACUGUUCGCCAAUCGGUUGUUCGGUUGUGUGACGUACUUAUCCGUUUGUUCUCCUGCAGCUCCCAGCUAGUUUUGAAGAAGGGCCUUUUCCGGCAAAGCGUUCAGAACAAGCAGCAUACGCGCAGAAACGUGGCCUUCCUGUCAACCAGGAAUCCGCUUCGCCAAGCCAGAAACCAGGACACUCUAGAUUCACAGUUGAUGGUCCGUACAGCCACCCACUCAAACAGAUGGUCAGCAAUGCCAAGCUCUGUAUCCGAUGAUCUGUUCCACUUCUUCCAGUUCAGGCCUGCCACAGCCCCGUUCACGUCCACAUCUGGCAGACACUUGAACUUCACCGCGCUGGUGUCGAAGUCAUCGAGAACACGGUGGGGCAUUGAUAUUAAACAAGAAAUCCGAUCAGAGGCGACCACACAGCUAACCACCCUUACUGACAUGGCCGCUACCACGAGUCUUUGCGGAAAGGGGUUUCACUACAGCUGCCUCGACUUUGACGUCACAAUGACUACGUCGAGUGCAGAUGUGGACCAGUUGAUUGAAUUGCUCAAGCGCCCCGAAGCAACUGGGGCUAUGAGCGGCGUACAGACGUGUACAGAUGGAGAGAGGACAGCAGGAAGGAGAAGGGGACAGGGGAGGUUAGUAUGCGUCCUGGGCCGACUUCACGGGGAACUGUGCCGAUAUUCGUCUGGAAAGUCUUCGGAAAACCCAGGGAAAACCUCAGACAGCACAGCCGAUGACGGGAUUCGAAGAACUGGUCUACUGUAGAAUCGGCAACAUGUCAUUGAGCCUGGGGAAUACACGCACGCACAACGUUGUGACCUGCAAGAAAAGUGGCUUAUUCAGUUACGAGGAAUACCAUACGUCAUGGAUGAAAAGCCAAGAUGUAUGCGACACCCUGAGGCUAUCGCGACUGAUAAGGGCUCAUCACAUUAAGUGGUACACUCUAAAAACAGAACUUCACCGCAUAGCACACUGUGCGCAAACCA